AUGGCCCCGAAGCGUAAGAAGUCGGACAUGGCGCUCCUACCCGAGAACUUCCCAACCGAGGAACGCUCUACGAUAGACCGUCCGCGCGGCGGCCCACGACGAUCAGGUCGCAACGUGCAGAAACCAGGCCAAGCACUACGCGAUGGCGUUGAGGUCUCACAACCGACGAAAGAUGCGCCCAAGGUCCAACGGCGGAAGUCCAGUGCGAAGCAGGGGGUUGACCAUGCUAUACAUGGCCUCCAGGAGAUGGAAGACAACCUACGUAGCGCCGUCAAACGACAGAAGCUUGCUGUGAACGACAGCUUGCCACUCAAGAACCCUCCACCCGAUGACCCCGAGCGGGCCGCCUUUCUACCGAGGCCGAUCAAGCCCGAGCCGGACGUCAUACCCGCUCAUUUAGAGAUGGACGCCCUGAACGAACGCAACAAGCAACGCCGUGAAAAACGUCGCGGAGAGCACACCAAAAACACAUCCGUCGACGAGACAGCAGAAGAAGCACCACCGCAAAAGGAGGAGGACGGUGAUGAUCUCCCGGAGGAGACAGACAUCAACACAUUAAAACAACAAGGUGCGAGGCCGCCGCCCGUCAACAGUGACUAUCUUCCGUUGCCCUGGAAGGGGAGACUAGGCUAUGCCUGUCUCAACACGUAUCUUCGUCAAUGCAACCCGCCGGUCUUCAGCUCUCGAACAUGUCGGAUAGCUUCCAUCAUAGAGCAUCGCCACCCGCUUCAGGAUCCCACACUACCGGAACAUGCGACCAAAAAUCGUCCUGACAAGGACCAGCCUGCCGAGCUAGCAAGGGGUCAGAAGUAUGUCGAGAAUCUAGGUCUCGCCAACGCUCGUGACAUUGUGAAGAUGAUUCGGUGGAACGACAAGUACGGUAUCAAGUUUAUGCGUCUCAGCUCGGAGAUGUUUCCGUUCGCUAGCCAUGAGGUCUAUGGGUACAAGCUAGCCCCUUUUGCUUCCGAAACAUUGGCGCAGGCUGGGAAGCUGGCGGGUGAGCUUGGCCACCGGCUCACCACGCAUCCCGGACAGUUUACCCAGCUGGGGUCUCCUAGAACAGAGGUGGUGAGAAACGCCGUCAGAGAUUUGGAGUAUCACAACGAGUUGUUGACACUCCUGCGGCUCCCUGAGCAAUUAAACAAGGACGCUAUCAUGAUUCUUCAUAUGGGCGGAGUCUUCGGUGAUAAGAACGCCACUCUCGAUCGUUUCAGAGAGAACUACGCCAAACUUUCAGACGGCAUCAAGGCGAGACUUGUACUAGAGAAUGACGAUGUCUCCUGGACGGUGCAUGACUUGCUUCCCAUAUGUGAAGAGCUCAACAUCCCGAUGGUUUUGGACUACCAUCAUCAUAACAUCAUGUUCGACUCGGACCAGAUUCGCGAGGGCACAAAAGAUAUAAUGGAACUUUACCCGCGCAUCAAGGCAACGUGGGACCGGAAGGGUAUCACACAGAAGAUGCACUACAGCGAGCCGUGCUCGGACGCUGUGACCGGCAGACAACGACGAAAGCACCGUCCUCGUGUCAUGACUCUGCCUCCAUGUCCCGACACCAUGGAUCUCAUGAUUGAGGCCAAAGAUAAGGAACAAGCGGUCUUCGAUCUCAUGCGUAAUUUCCGACUGCCCGGAUGGGACACCUUUAACGACAUUGUUCCCUAUGAGAGGGAAGAUGAGAACAGGCCCUUACCGAAGACGCCGAAGAAGAAGAAGCUGCGCAAGAAGAGGGUGAAGGAUGAAGACGAGGUUGACAAGGUCGAAGAAGAAGAAGAGCCGGAACCCCUGCCGCCGCCAGAGGUUCCAGAGGAGGAGUUGGGCAUGGGCGGCCCCGAUAAUCGGGUGUACUGGCCGCUCGGCAUGGAAGAGUGGUUGCGCCCGAAGAAGCGGGAGGUGAAGAAGAAAAAGAAAGACGAUGAGGAAGUUGAAGAGGGCUGA